AUGGAAACUAGUCACGAUAGGUUCAUGGAUGCUUUUCUGGAACAUGACCGUGUCGAAGGUGUCGGUGGCGAUGGCAUGGCGGCGCCGGGGGUGGGCGCAAUCGCUGCAGCUGGUGACGACUGGCGGCAGCUGCAGCAAAAAACCUUGUCGGCGUUGAUUCUUCUAUUCAUCUCGUCACAUCCGAACAUAAUUGUUCAGUCAGCGUGA